UAUCUCUCUAUACAUUCCCUAUUCAUAUUCCUCACUUUCUCAGCAAAUCGGGGUGGCCUAGGGUUUUUUUGUUGUUGUUGUUGCAGUUCUUCACUAGGGUUUCAGGUUAUUAUUCCGAGAUGUCAAGGGUGUAUGUUGGAAAUCUUGAUCCUAGGGUCACUGAAAGAGAACUGGAAGAUGAAUUCCGUGUCUUUGGAGUUAUAAGAAGUGUUUGGGUUGCAAGACGCCCACCUGGUUAUGCUUUUAUCGACUUUGAUGACCAAAGAGAUGCACGCGACGCAAUCAGGGAAAUUGAUGGGAAGAAUGGAUGGAGAGUGGAGCUCUCGCACAAUUCUAGAGGAGGAGGAGGAGGAGGCCGCGGAGGUGGUCGCGGUCGCUCUGGAGGCUCUGAUUUGAAGUGCUACGAGUGCGGUGAGGCUGGUCAUUUUGCUCGUGAGUGCCGAGGGCGUGGAGCUCCUGGAAAACGUAGAAGUCGCAGCCCUCCUAGAUAUCGGAGGAGCCCAAGUUAUGGUCGCAGGAGUUAUAGUCCUCGUGGACGUUCGCCCAGACGCCGAAGCCCAUCGCCUCGUGGUCGUAGCUAUAGCCGAUCUCCUUACCGUGGACGAGAUGAAGUUCCUUAUGCCAAUGGAAAUGGCCUCAGGGACCGAAUCAGAAGCAGGAGCUGAAUGGAAGAGAUGAUUUCUUGUCUCGAUCAGGAGUUUUUGGAUGUGUUACUAUGCUUGACUUAGUCGCAGCUGUGUAAGUGAGGCCAUGCCCUCAACUUAAACGGGUUUCAAUUUCGUUUAAUAUUAUAAGUGUGUUUUUUAUUUUCUUAAACUUUUUCCCAUUUUAAGAAGCACUAUCUUAGGGACUUAGACCUUAUGUAUUUUAUGGCAUCUAUUACUUUUAGAGAAUGAAAACGUCUUAUGAAUGCUGCUAAAAAUUUAUUUUUGUUUCUUUGUGUUGAGGUGUCUUCUGCUACUGCUUCGUUGGUUUUCUGCUCCCACACUCUGUGGUUUCGUUCUUCACUGCCCUGCUGUGGGAUCUUCAAUUUCAAAGAUUGUGGAUCCCAGCUAGCUACUACAUCACUAUGCUUCUGUUUGAUUGAAUCUCUGCGGCUAUGACACGCCUCACCUCAAAGUGUAGUGGUAAUUUAAGUAGAUAUUAAGGAUGAUGAAUGGCAUCACAGUCAAAUGGCAGGUACCUAAUCUGUUACAGAGUGGUUUGAGGAACUCACAUUCUUGUUAAACAAUUGAUCGCCACUUCAGCAAGGUCGUGGGGCUGGGUAUCUGAGAGUUAUGAAUCUUACUCAUGGAAGUUCCUGGCAUCGAGGAUUGCAUCAACCUAUGGGCCUGUGAUUCCCUUUGCUUUUUAUGCUGCUGCUAUCCUCUUUAUUUUUUUCCCUUUUUAAAAAAUAAAAAUCUGCUUCUCUUUAUUUGAUUUAAACUAUUUUGUGUUCUUUUUCUUUUCAUCAUUUCUUUAUCAAAAGCUUCCCUUUUUCCUCAGCAUUAUCUCUCCGUGUUUAUGGGGAGAAAGGAACAAAUUUUUAUCAAAAUAUUGCUAGUCAGUUUGACUAAUUUUCAAGAUGUAAACUUCUCCGCACAAAUUAACAUAGAAGUUUUCUUUUUUAUAAGUGGCCUUAUAACCUACUACAGAGUUUGCAUUAAACCAAGUAAGACCUGUGGUACACUUUGCUUUGGUAUGCUGUAUGUUCCUGUUUUUCUCUUUCUUUUGGUUUUAAUGAUAUUUUUUUCCCCUUUAAAAUUUGUUUUGUUUUGUGAAAAGUUUCGCGAUAUAAACUUUCUUUUCUUCCCAACAAGUUCUGGAGAAGUUUCGUUUUGCUUAAAGCCCUUGGUUUUGUAAAAAUUUAGAAGAGUGAGUGAAUUGCUUGGGAGUGAUUACAUCAAUCUCCAUUUAAUUGACCUAUAGUGUGGAUUGUUUCAUUGCCCGCUUUGACCCCCUGGGAUACAUCAUUGAGCUGACUGAGGUUUUCAACCCCGAUAGAGCUUCCCUGCCUUCAGGCCUUCGUCUCUUCGUACUGGUUUUUGUCCUUCCACAGGACGGGCUGCUUUGUUGCCAGCUAUUGGUAGAAAUUCAAGUCAUUAAACCUUGUCUCUUUGCCCCUCACCCUUCCCAAAUUUCCUGCUUGCAGCAGCGUUGAGCAUCGUACUAAGAUCUAUUUUUGUAUUCAUACAGUUUGAAAUGUUAAGGUUUUUCACCAGUUGCCUAAAUUGUUAUAUUGUGCUAGCCGUAACAAUCUUCAGUUUUUGCACGUCUACUUCACAUGUAUUUUCAAUCUGUGAGAGGUUCAUGUCUUGAGAAUAAAGAGGGGAAUAGGCUUAGCCACCCUUUUCUUGAGGAUUUUGCCCCGUUUUGACAUUUUAAUUAUCAGAUUUUUAUUGCUAAA